CUGAAGACCGAGGCUAGGAAACAGAAAAGACGACAGAAGUAGACAAACUCGAGGAGCCACGGCAGGGCGACCGGCUGAGGCCACCUCGCAAAGGCUGGACCGCAGUCCACCCCUCCCCAGGCCGGCCCCAGAACCCCGGGAAGGCAGACACUGCCGCGGCCGCCGCAGGAGCCCGGAGCUCGAGCCGCCCAGCGACUCCCCCUCCCCCUCCCCCAGCCCCGCCCCGCCCCAACCCGGGGCUCCAACCCGGAGCCGAGUCUACGCCUGGGGGAGGACCAUGCGGUAGCAGCCAUGCUGCCCUUCCUUCUGGCCACUCUGGGCACCACGGCCCUCAACAACAGCAACCCCAAGGACUACUGCUACAGUGCCCGAAUCCGCAGCACCGUCCUGCAGGGCCUUCCCUUUGGGGGUGUCCCCACCGUGCUGGCUCUUGACUUCAUGUGCUUCCUUGCACUGCUGUUCUUGUUCUCCAUCCUCCGGAAGGUGGCUUGGGACUACGGGCGGCUGGCCUUGGUGACAGAUGCAGACAGGCGUCGGCGGCGGCAGGAGAGGGAGCGAGUGGAACAGGAAUAUGUGGCCUCAGCUAUGCACGGGGACAGUCAUGACCGGUAUGAGCGUCUCACAUCUGUCUCCAGCUCCGUCGACUUUGACCAAAGAGACAAUGGUUUCUGUUCCUGGCUGACAGCCAUCUUCAGGAUAAAGGAUGAUGAGAUCCGGGACAAAUGUGGGGGUGAUGCCGUGCACUACCUGUCCUUCCAGCGGCACAUCAUCGGGCUACUGGUCGUCGUGGGUGUCCUCUCUGUGGGCAUCGUGCUGCCUGUCAACUUCUCAGGGGACCUGCUGGAGAACAAUGCCUACAGCUUUGGGAGAACCACCAUUGCCAACCUGAAAUCAGGUAACAACCUGCUAUGGCUACACACCUCCUUCGCCUUCCUGUACCUGCUGCUCACCGUCUACAGCAUGCGGAGACACACCUCCAAGAUGCGCUACAAGGAGGAUGACCUGGUGAAGCGGACUCUUUUCAUCAACGGAAUCUCCAAAUAUGCAGAGUCAGAAAAGAUCAAGAAGCAUUUUGAGGAGGCAUAUCCCAACUGCACGGUUCUUGAAGCUCGCCCAUGUUACAACGUAGCUCGUCUUAUGUUCCUCGAUGCCGAGAGGAAGAAGGCCGAGCGGGGGAAACUCUACUUCACAAACCUCCAGAGCAAGGAGAAUGUCCCCACCAUGAUCAACCCCAAACCCUGCGGCCACCUCUGCUGCUGCGUGGUACGAGGCUGUGAACAGGUGGAGGCCAUCGAGUACUACACAAAGCUGGAGCAGAAGCUGAAGGAGGAUUACAAGCGGGAGAAGGAGAAGGUGAACGAGAAGCCUCUUGGCAUGGCCUUCGUCACCUUCCACAAUGAGACCAUCACCGCCAUCAUCCUCAAGGACUUCAAUGUGUGUAAGUGCCAGGGCUGCACCUGCCGUGGGGAGCCGCGGGCCUCAUCCUGCAGCGAGUCCCUGCACAUCUCCAACUGGACUGUGUCCUAUGCCCCCGACCCCCAGAACAUCUACUGGGAGCACCUCUCCAUUCGAGGCUUCAUCUGGUGGCUGCGCUGCCUGGUCAUCAAUGUCGUCCUCUUCAUCCUCCUCUUCUUCCUCACCACCCCUGCCAUCAUCAUUACCACGAUGGACAAGUUCAAUGUCACCAAGCCUGUGGAGUACCUCAAUAACCCCAUCAUCACUCAGUUCUUCCCCACCCUGCUGCUGUGGUGCUUCUCGGCUCUGCUCCCCACCAUCGUCUACUACUCGGCCUUCUUCGAAGCUCACUGGACACGCUCUGGGGAGAACAGGACCACCAUGCACAAGUGCUACACCUUUCUCAUCUUCAUGGUGCUGCUCCUGCCCUCGCUGGGACUGAGCAGCCUGGACCUCUUCUUCCGCUGGCUCUUUGACAAGAAAUUCUUGGCUGAGGCAGCUAUUCGGUUUGAGUGCGUGUUCCUGCCCGACAACGGCGCUUUCUUCGUGAACUACGUCAUUGCCUCCGCCUUUAUCGGCAACGCCAUGGACCUGCUGCGCAUCCCAGGCCUGCUCAUGUACAUGAUCCGGCUCUGCCUGGCGCGCUCUGCCGCUGAGAGGCGCAACGUGAAGCGGCAUCAGGCCUACGAGUUCCAGUUUGGCGCAGCCUACGCCUGGAUGAUGUGCGUCUUCACGGUGGUCAUGACCUACAGUAUCACCUGCCCCAUCAUCGUGCCCUUCGGGCUCAUGUAUAUGCUGCUGAAACACCUGGUAGACAGGUACAAUCUCUACUACGCGUACCUGCCGGCCAAGCUGGACAAGAAGAUCCACUCAGGGGCUGUGAACCAGGUGGUGGCCGCACCCAUCCUCUGCCUCUUCUGGCUGCUCUUCUUCUCCACCAUGCGCACCGGGUUCCUAGCCCCCACGUCCAUGUUCACAUUCGUGGUCCUGGUCAUCACCAUCGUCAUCUGUCUCUGCCACGUCUGCUUCGGACACUUCAAAUACCUCAGUGCCCACAACUACAAGAUUGAGCACACAGAGACAGAUGCUGUGGACCCCAGAAGCAAUGGACGGCCCCCCACUGCUGCUGCUGUCCCCAAAUCUGCGAAAUACAUCGCUCAGGUGCUGCAGGACUCGGAGGUGGACGGGGAUGGGGAUGGGGGUCCUGGGAGCUCGGGGGAUGAGCCCCCGUUGUCCUCAUCCCAAGAUGAGGAGCUGCUGAUGCCGCCUGAUGGCCUCACGGACACAGACUUCCAGUCUUAUGAGGACAGCCUCAUAGAGAAUGAGAUUCACCAGUAAGGGGAGGGAGGGGCCCUGGAGGCCACGCCCUGCCCCCACCCCACCCGCCCCCCACGGACACUAAAAAAAAAAAAACCCGCUAAUAAUUUAUUAGAUCUAAAGCCCCUUCAUCCCUCAUCCCCUGCUUUCAUUAAGGUAUUUAAACCUGGGGAUCUCACCACUCUCCCCCACCAUGGAGGGAGGGAGGGAACCCCCAACCUCAGUGAGAAGAGCCCCGAGCCGGACCCGGGGCAAAGAAGGGUGCAGACAGGGUUCCCCCAGAUCGGUGCCCCCCCACGCUAGUAGUGUGGUCAGGAAAGGGUUAUUGAGAGCCAAGAGGGGUACCUGGUGCCGUGGCUGGAGACCUGGGGGCGUGGCCCAGGCAGAUCAGGGGCUGCCCCCCCACAGUUCUUUCCUCCCUCGUGAGCCCCCCUGGGAUCUGGCACUCCAGGGAAGUGGAGCCUCCAGCCCCGUGUGGCUUGCAUGAGGGGGAGGGGCUGCAGAGUGGGAGGAAGAGUCAGGCCCCCAGUCAGGGAGGCGACCUAGGGGUGGGGGGUGGGCAUGGCUGACACUGGAAAAUGGGUUUUUGCACUGGUUUUUUUUUUUUUUUUUUUCCUUUAAAAUAAAAAUGAAAAGAAAA